AUGUUCCCCAAAAAGGCAGGACUCAACCAGCCACAUACAAAAUCUAAAAACAAGCUUUCUUUCCACAAAGUUGGAGCCAUGUUUUCUGUAUCAAACAUGCCUUCAACAACAUCAGUUUUGUCAACAUAUACCACGUUUGCUGCAUCAGCAAUGCUGGUUAAGACAGUUCUCAAUGAAGUCCAAAACCUAACCAGCCAGCUCAUUCCCCAACAACUCCGAGAGAAAAUCUCAGCCAAAUUAGGAGGCCUAAUGGGAAACUCUUCAUCUCAAAUGACUCUUGUCAUUGAUGAGAACAAUGGGCUCUCCAUCAACGAAAUGUUCGAGGCUUCAGAAAUCUACUUGCGGACAAAAAUAAGCCCUUCGGUUUUGAGGCUAAAGGUAUCCAAAGCACCGCAUGAUAGGACAUUUUCCAUCACCAUCAAUAAAGGCGAAAAGAUUAUCGAUACUUUUGAAGAUAUUGAAGUCAUUUGGCAAAUGAUAUGCACUGAGACCCAAAAGACAACCAGCGACUAUGAUGGCUACCUCAAUUCUGAAAAGGUGGAGCGUAGAUCGAUUGAGCUCAGCUUCCACAAGAAGUACAAGGAGAAGGUACUGAGCUCUUACUUGCCUUGUGUACUGGAGAUGUCAAAAACCAUAAAAGAAGAAGAUAAAGUAUUGAAGCUCCAGCCACUUGGACACUACCAUGAGAAUGUUAAUCUUGACCAUCCAUCCACUUUUGACACCUUGGCAAUGGAUCCAACACUCAAGAAGGAGCUUAUGGAUGACUUGGACAGGUUCGUCAAGAGAAGAAAGUUUUACAAGAGAGUGGGGAAGGCGUGGAAACGAGGAUACUUGCUAUAUGGGCCCCCGGGCACGGGUAAGUCCAGCUUGAUUGCUGCCAUGGCUAAUUAUCUGAAAUUCGACAUUUAUGACUUGGAGCUCACAAGUCUCCAGAGCAAUUCAGAGCUUAGGAGGCUUCUAGUCUCCACUGCGAACCGAUCAAUUAUUGUGAUUGAGGAUAUUGAUUGCAGCAGCGACUUUAAGAACCGAGAAGCUGGAGGCUAUGACCAAGGUGACAGCCAGUUAACACUCUCCGGGCUACUUAAUUUCAUCGAUGGGCUCUGGUCAUGUUGUGGUGACGAGAGGAUAAUCGUAUUUACCACGAAUCACAAAGACAGACUUGACCCUGCAUUGCUCAGACCAGGUCGCAUGGACAUGCACAUCCACAUGUCCUACUGCACUCCAAGCGGGUUUAAGAUCCUUGCGUGCAACUACCUUGGCUUAACCGAUCACUCCUUGUUUACUGAAAUUGAGAAGCUCAUAACGGAGGUGGAGGUUACCCCAGCAGAGGUUGCAGAAGAACUCAUGAAAAGCGAAGAAGCAGAUGUAGCCCUUAAAGGACUCGUCAAAUACCUGCACAUGAAGAAAACAGAACAUGUUAAAGCCAAUACUGAAGGAGAAAAAGAAGUUAGAGCAGAAGACAAAGAAAGUGAGGAAGUAAAGGUAGAAGCUGAAACGAAAGGAAGGAAAACUAACAAGAGGAAGGCCAGAAGGGGAAGGAACAGAAGAUGAGCAAUUUUUUCUUGUACUAGUGUGUGACCCAAAUAAUGAGUUAUUGAAUUAUUCAAGGUUUCCAUAUAAUAGAAUCCUUUUUAGUAUGUAGUAACACCAAUAAUGUAUGAAGGCAUCCUCUGAUCAAGUGUGCCUAUUGAAGCAGCAUAUUUUAGAUUAUGGCGGAAGUCAUCUAAAAAAGUACGGUUGAUUGGUUAUAUGCAAGUUGUUUGUACUGAAGAAAACGAAGUGGUAGUGAAUGCCUUCGGGAAGAUUUGACAAUUGGCCGUAUCCACAAAGUUCAGUAACUUACAGACAGUGGCGUGAAUUAUAGCAAAGAUUCAAACCAACUAACUAGAAGCGAGAAUUCAUCAUAGUAAAACAUGGGAUACACGAGGAUGAAACACUAUAAGCUAUCACCCACAUCGUUACCACAUUCUAUCAAAACAAAAGAAAAGCUAUAAAAAAAAAAUUAAAAUCAACUAUUAGAAACAGCGUAUUAUCAAAGCAAAACAAGGGAUACACGAGGACUAAACACAAUAAGCUGACACCCACAGCUUUCCCACAUUUUGUAUCAAACAUAUGAGAUAUGACAAAAAAGGAAAACAGUUUAAUUGUGGCAGGUCAUAGUUGCAGUCAGUCAUAUAAAUCGUUAGUGGAGUGCGUUCCAAUGGUUUACAAGUAGCAGCAGCCUAUCGUUUUUCGUGGUCGGUAUGAACUCUCUGGGACUAGACUCAUAGGUUUAGAACCUACUCUUAAGCGAACAAUGAGCCUUAUCAAAGCUCAUGCAUAAAGUAACUCCAUAUGCCAUCAGCUAUAUCAGAAGAACUUUUCGUAAACAUAACGUUAGAUUAAUUCCUUCAAUGUUUCGGAUGCGUUUUAAGUAUGGCAAUCUGUCACUCUAUUCCCCAAAUGUAAGGUUGUCUCAAACACUUUGUCAAACAGCUGAUAUGCAAAUGUGAAAAGGGCACCCACAAAAUUGUCACCCCUAAAAUCACAAAUGUUCCUACAACAGAAAUAUAGAACAAUACUAUUGAUCAUAGAUUCACACAAACAUUUUGCCAAACUCCUGAAAC